AUGCCUGCCAUCCGGGGCUUCAUUGACAAGUACAUCUUUCACAAGGAGGAAAUCCCACCGCCCAUCUCCACUGGAACGGCUGUGGCCCUGCUUGCCCUCUACACCGUCGCCUAUGUUGCGCCCUUUUACCUCUCGUCCUUGACCAGGCCCUCGCCGACGCUCUCACGCGAUGCCCCGUCGGUCAUUCGGGCCCGCAUCACCUCGGUGACGCUGACGUGCAUCGGCUGCUCGGCCGCCACGUUUGUGCUGCUGACGACGGCCGGCGCCACCGGCACCACACGUCUGCCGGCCACCGAUGCACUGCAUCUCAUGGGCUAUCUGCCCGUGGGCUUGGGCGACGCGCUGCGAGCUCUGGCCUUGACGGCAGCCCUCUUUGCUGGGCCGCUGCUGGAGCUGGUCCUGGUGGAGGUGCAGACGUGGCGGCUGCUACGAUCGGACCGGUCGAUGCUGACCUGCCUCGUGGCCUCGCUCGCCGACAACCUCGCCGACUGGACCGUCUGGCGCAACAUUGUCGCUGGCCCCGUCACCGAGGAGGUGCUCUUCCGUGGCGCCGGUGUGCCGCCUCUGCUGCUCGCCCACACGUCGACAGCCUGCACGGUGCUGCUCUCGCCCGUCGUCUUCGGGCUCGCCCACCUGCACCACGCUUACGAGUUCGCCGUGGUGCACCCGCGUGUUCCUCUCGCCGGUGUCGCCCUCCGCUCACUCGUCCAGUUCGCCUACACCACCCUCUUCGGCGUCUACGCCACCUUCCUCUUCCUCCGCACCGGCAGCUUGCUCGCCGCCUGUCUCGUCCACAGCUUCUGCAACUGCAUGGGUCUGCCGCGCUUCUGGGGCCGCCUCGAGCUGCCCCGCAACGACUCCGACUUCGAGACCGGCCGGCCCCGGAGCAACCUGCUCGCCACCCUGCUGUACUACGUCCUGCUCGUCGCCGGCGCCGCGUAUUGGUACUGCCACCUGUGGACCCUGACGGCGAGCACGAAUGCGCUGGUGUCGUUUGGCUGA